AUGGGCCUUUUUGAUGUCAUUGAGCGGGUUGGAGAAGUUGCCUAUUGUCUUGCAUUGCCACCCCAGCUCUUUGGAGUUCAUGACGUGUUUCACGUGUCAAUGCUUCGCAAAUACGAACCCGACCCCUCCCAUGUGUUAGAUUGGACAGAGAUUGAAAUAGAUGAAGAUGUAUCACAUGAAGCAAAACCACUCCAAAUCCUAGAUUCCAGAGAACCAGUUUUGAGGGGUAAAAAAAUUCGCUUAGUUAAAGUAUUGUGGUGCCAUCAUGGUGUGGAGGAAGCUACAUGGGAGCGUGAAGCUGAAAUCCGCAAAAAGUACCCAGAUUUGUUAUCUCGUGUGUAA